AUGAAUUUAAAUGGUUUUAGAAAUUUGGAUCCAGUUCCUGAUGCAACAAGUCUUGUUGCACUAAAUUUUGCGAAAUCAAAUGUAUAUUUUUCACAAAAUAGAAUAAAGGCUGGUCGAGCUCUUCUUUCUUUGGAUUAUGAUAUUGGCUCAGAAUCAAGGGGAAAUUCACAAUCAAAUAGGAAGUCUGAUCCUUUAUCUCAAUCAAACCUAAACUAUUCAGCGAAAUGUGAUAGCAUGCAGAAGAGAUAUUUAAAUCAAACUGAAGCAAUGAAAUUGAAUAAUGAUGUAUUUGCAUGGAUUAAUCGACAUGAAUGUUUGCAAUUUGUGCAUAUUCGACAUAUAUUUCGUGUUCCAAUAAACGGUGGGCUAACAACCCCGAAUAUAACAAUGAAAUCUGUACAAGAUGCUGCGGCAAGAAAGAUAAAACGUAGAGAAAAUCGUCAGCAGCGGACAGCAAAUGACAAAAUGGAAGCCGCACGUUUAAAAGCAAUACGUGAACGUACAUGGAGACAUAUUGAUAUGAUUAGCUCUACUGUUGACAAUACAGCAAUCAAAUCACAAGUCAAAACAAUGGAUUAUAAUGUUAUGAGUUCCGAACAUUACUUAACUAAUUGGUUACAAGAUAAAACAGAUGCACUUACGGUUUUGGAUAUGGAAUCACAGUAUGCAGAACUUGCACGAAAUUUAAAACAGCGCGAAGAUACACUUUACAUUGUUGCAAUGAAGAAUUAUUAUUUGCUACCAGCAACGGAUCGAAAUAGUACAGUGCAACCACGUAUGGCUCUUAUUUUACCUGCUCUAUCAUUUAAUGGUACAUUACCAAAUCAGGUAGCAAUGAUGCGCCUUGAAUGUGAUAUUACGGGAACAGGUUUAUUCCAUCUUCCGAGUUCACUUUUGCCGUUAUUUUAUGAUCGAUCAGCCCAUCAGUAA